AUGGACGUGGGUCAUGUCCUACUAGGAAGACCUUGGCAAUUUGAUAGGAUAGUAGUACAUGAUGGUAGGCAUAACACCUAUAGUUUUGUCUUUGACAAAAUUAAAAUUGUCCUAGUACCGAAGAAGGAAGAUGACACAAAGAUGGCAGUGGGAGAGUCAUCAAACAUGUUGACCCGUCAGAAAUUUAUUGAUGAGUUUGAACAUAACAGGAUUGUCUUCACCCUCCUGGGUAAAGGGGAGAAAAUCUCCAAUGCAGACCUGCUCGAAGCGGUUCAUCACAUUAUCACAAAAUUCGGUGAUGUAUUUCCAGAGGAUAUGCCUCAAGGUUUGCCACCUUUACAGGAUAUUCAAUAUCAAAUUGACCUAGUGUCGGGUUCAAGUCUACCCAAUAAACCACACUACCAUAUGGGGCCAAGAGAGCAUAAAGAGUUAAGGAGACAAGUUGAAAAACUGUUGGAUGACCUACUAGAUCAACUUAAUGGAGCUUCAGUGUUUUCCAAAUUAGAUUUAAAAUUAGGUUAUCACCAGAUUCGCCUACGUCUGAUGAAUGGAAGACCGCCUUUAAAACCCAAGAAGGAUUAUAUGAUUGGCUUGUGA